UCUAUGCCUCCUCCUUUAGAUUUAUUUUUUCUUCCUGUGUACUGAUCCUCCCCUCCCCAUAUCUGAAUGAGAUCCUCUCUCUCCCCCUUUCCUAUUCUCUCCGGUUAAUGGCAAUAUGCCUGUAUGAGAUCAGGUCUGCAUGGGGGUGUGCGUAGACGAGAAAAAAAAAUGAAAUCAGGAAACCACGGACAGCCUCAAAAGGACUUGACUCUCGUCAACUAAUAAUCAGUACUGUCUGUGUGUGUCGUGUGCCAGUCACUUUGUGUUCCUGGCAGACUAAAAAAGAGAUUGAGUCUGUCACAUCUCCUUUGCCUGCAGCCGUCUUAAGGGGGUCAAACGUGAAUUGUGGCGAUUUGCAGAUUGGGCAGAGUUUCAUAUUUAUUUAAAGUGCGAAGACUCUCAGAGCCCGUUCUCUGCCUCUUGUAUACAAUUUACCAGAGAAACAGGAAGACUAAAGGGUUCCCAAUAACCUCUCAUCCCUGAUCACAUUUAUCCUCUUGCAGAAGACGACACGAAAGGGGACACACCAAGCAAAAUAUAAACCGUAAAACAACUGGGCAGACAAAGAGGAGAGGAAGACUGAAAUAUAAGAAUAUUAAAGCAAAGAAACUUCUAAUCCUGGAGUCUUUACUUAUGAUCCAUGGGCAGAACUUCAGCCCAUCCCAGGCAACAUACAGACCAUCAUUAAGCAAUCCUUACUAUUGUGACCUGCCUGGGAGAGCAUUUUCUCCAAAUCAGAACAGCAUGGAGAUCAGAAGUGAGAGUCCCAGUCUAAGGGAUAGUCCAGAUCGACAGAGUAACAGCCCUGAUGCUAAAAGUCCUCUUCCACUCAAGGUGGCCAGGUUGGAACAGAAUGGGAGUCCUCCAGGAGCCAGGGGUCGACCAAACGGCUCACUCAACAAAUCUGUGGGAGGGUUGAUGCUCCCUGUCUUUUGCGUGGUGGAACAGAUGGACAGUCGGGAAGAACAUGCAGAGUUUGUGCUGGUUCGGAGGGAUGUUCUGUUUAAUCAGUUGGUUGAGACAGCACUUCUGGCUUUGGGAUAUUCUCACUCUUCUGCUGCACAGUCACAAGGAAUCAUUAAGAUUGGUCGCUGGAACCCACUUCCCCUCAGUUAUGUGACAGAUGCUCCAGAUGUUACUGUCGCUGAUAUGUUACAAGAUGUCUACCAUGUGGUAACCCUAAAAAUACAGUUACAGAGUUGCUCGAAGCUUGAGGAUCUGCCAGCAGAGCAAUGGAAUCAUGCCACAGUCCGGAAUGCAUUACGGAUGCUUCUUAAGGAAAUGAAUCAGAGUACCCUUGCUAAAGAAUGCCCUCUCUCACAGAGCAUGAUAUCCUCCAUUGUAAAUAGCACAUACUAUGCCAAUGUGUCAGCUACCAAAUGCCAGGAGUUUGGAAGAUGGUAUAAAAAGUACAAGAAAAUGAAAGUUGAACGGGAUAAUGUAAUAGACUACUGUGUGCUAGGUCAGAGACCAGCACACUUACCAAAUAUAAACCAGUUGUCAAGCCUAGGAAAAACAAGCGAGCAGUCACCGCACAGCCAGCUUCACCACAGCCCCCCAGUCCGAAGCCAGGUCCCAGCUUUGCAGCCCAUAAUGAGCCCCGGACUCAUGUCUCCUCAAUUAAGUCCUCAGCUGGUACGACAGCAAAUAGCAAUGGCACACCUGAUAAACCAACAAAUAGCUGUUAGCAGACUUUUGGCUCACCAACACCCUCAGGCUAUCAACCAACAGUUUCUAAAUCACCCUCCCAUUCCGAGACCUGUGAAACCAGUAGAAUCAACCAACUCUUCAGUGGAGGUCUCUCCUGACAUCUACCAGCAAGUGCGAGAUGAGUUGAAGAGAGCGAGUGUAUCCCAGGCUGUCUUUGCAAGAGUAGCAUUUAACCGUACACAGGGUUUAUUGUCAGAAAUACUUCGUAAAGAAGAAGACCCCAGAACAGCAUCACAGUCUCUUCUUGUAAAUCUGAGGGCCAUGCAAAAUUUUCUAAACCUACCAGAGACAGAGAGAGAUAGGAUCUAUCAAGACGAAAGAGAGAGGAGCAUGAACCCUAAUGUUAAUCUGUUGUCUUCAUCAUCCAGUCCUGGCUCCUCCCGAGUUCCACAGAUGAAAAACACCAACACUCCAACAUCUGACGUUCAAGUGAAAAUGGAAGGGGAAAGUUCCAACGUUACCAUCACAGCUGCUAUUUACGAUGAGAUUCAGCAGGAGAUGAAACGGGCAAAGGUGUCACAAGCUCUCUUUGCCAAAGUAGCUGCUAAUAAAAGUCAGGGAUGGCUCUGUGAACUUCUUCGCUGGAAGGAAAACCCCAGUCCUGAAAACCGUACACUGUGGGAUAACCUGUGCACCAUUCGACGCUUCCUGGGGCUCCCCCAGCAAGAGCGAGAUGCUGUUUAUGAAGAAGAAUCGCGUCAUCACCACAGUGAGCGGCUUCAGCAUGUGGUGCAGCUCACCCCAGAGCCAGUGCAGGUUCUUCUUGGGCAACAAUCUCAGCCAGCCAAAGAGACCUCACCACCAAGAGAUGAAGCACCUGUUGCCCCACUUCCACCUGAUGACAGCUGCACCAAAAAACCCAGAUCCCGCACCAAAAUUUCACUGGAGGCUCUAGGAAUCCUUCAGAGCUUCAUCCAUGAUGUAGGUCUCUAUCCUGACCAAGAAGCCAUCCAUACUUUGUCUGCCCAGCUUGAUCUCCCAAAGCAUACCAUCAUAAAGUUCUUCCAGAAUCAGCGCUACCAUGUAAAGCACCACGGCAUAUUUAAGGAACACCUGGGCAUAGCAGUGGAUGUGGCAGAAUAUAAAGAUGAAGAGCUUUUGACAGAAUCAGAAGAAAAUGAUAGUGAGGAGGGCAUGGAGGAGAUGUACUCAGCUGAACAAGGGGAGGAAAACAGUUGCAAAACCAAGGCUAGUCAGUCAGAGGAGGACCAGAGAUAACACAAAAGAACACCCAGGAACAACAAAAACAUACAAACAAUGCAAGUGCACAAAAAAUCACCAUUACUACUUGUAGAACUCUCCACAACGUGCAGAGGGUGUGAUAUUGCUGUCAUGAAAAUUUGCCUUGCCACUUGAGCAUACAAAUUAUAUAUAUGACUAGAAGCAAACGUGCAAAACUUUUAUCCCCACUCAUCUCGCACUUAUAAAGAUGAUUUAAUCAAAUUUCAGGUCCUCAAGACUGAUGAUAUCAACAAAGGAAGUAUUUAUAUAUCUAAACUAUGUAUGUGCGUGCAUUUGUAUGUGUACAUAUAUAUAUAUAUAUAUAUAUAUAUAUAU